GCCGCGUCCCCAUGGCUGCGGCGAGCGCCACCCCUCCCGGCUCCCUGGGCCCGCUGCAGCCCGGCUUCUCCAGGGCGCUGCUGGGGACGCCGCCGGAGGACAAGUACCUGUGCUCCGCCUGCAGGAACGUGCUGCGCCGGCCCGUCCAGGCCCAGUGCGGCCACCGCUACUGCUCGCACUGCCUGAGCAGCAUCCUGAGCUCGGGACCGCAGAACUGCGCGGCGUGCGUGCAGGAGGGCAUCUACGAGGACGGCGUGUCCAUCCUGGAGAGCGGCUCCGCCUUCCCGGACAACGCUGCCCGCAGGGAGGUGGAGAGCCUGCCGGCCGCCUGCCCCAGCGAGGGCUGCUCCUGGAAGGGGACCCUGAAGGACUACGAGAGUGGCCACGAGGGACACUGCCCAUUCGCGCUGACCCCGUGCCCGGCGUGUAAAGGCCUGGUGCGCCUGGGCGACAGGGAGCACCACGAGGAGCACGAGUGCCCGGGGAGGAGCCUCAGCUGCCCACACUGCCACGCGCCCUGCUGCCGAGCCGACCUGGAGGCCCACCACCAGGCCUGCCCCCGGAAACCCCUGGCCUGCGACGGCUGUGGCGCCAAGGUCUCCCGCGAGCAGUUCCAGGACCACGUGAGGACGUGCGGCAAGUGCCCUGUCCCCUGCCGCUUCCACGCUGUUGGCUGCCCCGAGAUGGUGGAAAGCGAGGCGCGGCCGGAGCAUGAGGCCCAGCGGCUGCGGGAGCACCUGGCUAUGCUGCUGAGCAGCCUCCUGGAGGCCCAGCGCCUCUCAGGGGGCAGCCCGUGUGAGUCUGGGGGCCGGGAGGCCAGCACGCCGGAGCUGGUGCGCAGGUGUGAGGCCCUGGAGAGGAAGACGGCCACCUUCGAGAACAUCGUAUGUGUCCUGAACCGCGAGGUGGAGCGGGUGGCCAUGACCGCCGAGGCCUGCGGCCGGCAGCACCGGCUGGACCAAGACCGGAUCGAAGCCCUGAGUAACAAGGUGCAGCAGCUGGAGAGGAGCAUCGGCCUGAAGGACCUGGCGAUGGCCGACCUGGAGCAGAAGGUGCAGGCCGUGGAGGCCUCCAGCUGCGAUGGGGUGCUGGUCUGGAAGAUCUCUGACUUCGCCAGGAAGCGGCAGGAGGCCAUCGCCGGGCGCACGCCUGCUAUCUUCUCCCCAGCUUUCUACACCAGCAGGUAUGGCUACAAGAUGUGUCUGCGCGUCUACCUGAACGGGGACGGCACGGGCCGCGGCACCCACCUGUCCCUCUUCUUCGUGGUGAUGAAGGGGCCCCACGAUGCCCUCCUGCGCUGGCCCUUCAACCAGAAGGUGACGCUGAUGCUGCUGGACCAGAACAACCGGGAGCACGUGAUCGACGCCUUCAGGCCCGACGUGACCUCCUCGUCCUUCCAGCGGCCAGUCAGUGACAUGAACAUCGCCAGCGGCUGCCCCCUCUUCUGCCCCGUCUCCAAGAUGGAGGCCAAGAACUCCUACGUGCGGGACGACACUGUCUUCAUCAAGGCCAUCGUGGACCUGACGGGGCUCUAGGCCUCCCUGGGGGGCCAGUGGCGCUGGGCGCAGGCCUCUGGGGCCUGUGCUGCCCUGAGGGGCCCUGGGAGCCCUGGACGGUGGCAGUGGGGGGCGCCCACGUGCCCACCGCCCCUGAGGGCUGCAGAGAAGUGGUCAUUACACCCCGGUGAGGAAUGGCGUUGGCCCUGGCCUUGGCGCGACCCUCUGGGGACCCUGCCUGCUGGACCGUGACCCCGGGCUCGCGGGGCCUGGGCACUGGCCGCCUCCAUCCUGGGGGACCUGGCCUGAGUGCGCAGGGCCUUCGCCUGUGCUUGGGGGUCUGCUGGGCCCUGACUCCCCGCUUAGUUGGCGGAGGGCUACGGGCGCCUGGGGCUGUGCAGAGAGCUGGGGCGCGUGGGGCGCAUGGGGCCCCGGCAUGGCUACCCCGUUGAGUGGGCGCAGGAAAGCGGUGCGGGCAGGGUCUGUCCCCCAGGCGCGUCCCGUCUGGAGCCACGUGUCUCGAUUAAAGGAAACGCCACAGACGCGCUGGCUGCUCCUGCUCUCAGUGCAGGCCUGGGGGCUGCUCCUGGGGGCGGGGCCUCUGGGCCUGCCCGCAGCUGCCCCCCGCCCCUCCUCCCGCUCUGGGGGCUCUGGCUCAGCCCUCCGGGGCGCUGGGGCUCCUGGCUGCCACUGUGGGGUCCCCUCACUGCCGCGCAGACGCUGCGGGGCUCUGUACGCCCAUGGGCCCCGCCGGACUGCUGCGAGGCCAGCGGUGGCCAUGGCCUGGCCUUGACCUGCCUGCCCGGCUGGGGGCACUGGCCAAGCAGGCUGUUUCCCUUGCAGCGAGCCGUGGCAGGAUGCGUGGACAGCCCUCCAUGGGCAGUGGGGCGGGUGGGGGCGCCCCCAUCUGGGGAACGUGGCCGCCAGGUCCCGCUCACCCCUGCCCCGGGGACCCCUCCUGUCUCAGGACCUGCCCCGCCGGGCCAGGCGGCGGUGCCCUGAGGCUGGGGCCGCCUCCCUCUCUGGCAGGGGUGGCUGCCAAUAGCCCGAUAGAGCUGAGACUUCACCCCUGUGCCCCGGGGGCUCCCACUUGUUCUAGAUGGACUCGGCCGCCGGGCCUGGCAUGUGCGGUUUCCCUACGCGGGUGGUCACCCGAGCUGCUGCCCGGCCCAGCCCGGCCUCCGCCCUGUCAGGCUGAGCGUGCCCUGCCGUGGCCGGUGAUGUCCAUUGGCACUCUUAUGCUCCUAGUGUGCUGGGGUUUUUUUCCCUAAAGAUUUUAUUUUUAGGGGGCCUCCCUGGUGGCCCAGGGGGUUGAGCGGGUGCUGUGGAGCUGUCCGCAGCCUCUGCAGCGCGGGUUCAAUCCCAGCUGGCUGCAGAGAAACCCACAUGGCGCGGCAGACCUCUCCUGCUCCCCUCGGCAGUGUCCGUCAGCCAGUCUGCCUGUUGUGCUCCCCGCUGUCUCUGGGGAAUCCUCUCCCCCUCCUGCACAUCUGGCCUGUACUCAAGUUCUUGUAUGAAUAAAAUGAAUCUUUUUAAAAUUUCUUUAAAUUUUUAUUUAUGCACACAAGAGCCGGGGGCCAGGCCAGAGGUGUAGGGGGUGACAGGAUCCGCCAGAGACGGAACGGGGAGCAGCACAGGCAGACUGAC